AUGUACCUCGCCCGGACUAUGCCGCCGCGUCCGGAGGUGGUUGAGGCUUUUAGGGAUUGGGACAGCUGUUUAGAGGAUUGCUUUGAGCAGCUUUUCCCACCUGGCACUUGGGAGCAGGACCCCGACCGGUCUAGGCGCGCACGCAUGCAGCUGCAUCUCCCUGUGCGUCUCGGUGGGUUCGGGAUCCGGGCGGCGGCCUCUUUGAGCCCACUGUCCUAUGUUUGCGGGUGGGCGCAGGCCGCGCGGGACAUUGCACAGUUAGGGGUGGCGGGUGAGGAGGCGAUGUUUGCUGAGUACCUCACCACUUCGACAGGGGCAGAGUUUCUUGACCCGUGGUUUGUCAAGGCUCUCGAGCAGCCGCCAGCGACUAUCCGCCACGAGAUACCGGGCUUACCUCUGUGUGUAGCGUCCCCUCCUGUUCGGCUUUUCCAGGCGCGUCAGCGGCAGUUAGCUGUAGAGGAGCUCCAGGCACUGCGCCGCUUGGCUCGUGACGAUGCUACCUUGGCCCGUUUCACAUCCCUUCAGGGCUCGGGGGCAGGUGCAUGGGUUUCGGCGGUUCCGGCUCACUCAGAUCUCACAUUCACUGCGGCUGAGUGGGGCAUUGCUGCUGCUAUACGGCUCGGCCUCCCAAUUCAGCAGCUGCAGGUGGCGGGGAGGCGUCGGGGGGGGGUGGUGACAUUGGAGGAUAGUGUGGUGCUGCAAGGGAAGCGGGUUGAUGUGGCGGUGCGACGUCCAAUGGCUGGAGAGGCUCACGCCCUAGAGAUCAGCGUCGCGGACCCGCUAUCACUGUCUCCAUCACUGUUGGGACAGUGCGGGCGUCAAAUAGGUGUGGCGGCAAGGGAAUGGGAGCGUCGCAAAACGAGUGAUUACGCGCCUCUGCUUGCACGCAACCGGGGCGUGCAGUUCACCCCUUUGAUAGUUGAAACGUGGGGGUGUCUCGGCGGUCGUUUUCAGCGGUGGCUUCGUCAGCAGGGGGAUGCGCAUGUGGGGCUAGCUGUGUCGCGGGGGGCUUGUCGAGAGGACGACUCUGUGUUUUCGGCUUAUCUUUUAGGGUCACUAAAGGCGCUCAUCGGGGUGGCGUUACAACGUGCGCAAGCCCGUGUCAUCCUGCUUCGAGCGGCGUCUUCCAUGGGGGGGAUUAACGUAGAUUUGGCGGAUCAGGAGAGGGACGAUGUCGAUGUGGAAGGCGGGGCUCUCUGGGUGGAGGCCCCGUACAUGGUCGAUACGUUGAUGUGA